CCACUCAUCUCUGCAGUUACUGACAUAUGUCCCCUAUUGGUGAUACAGCCAUAAGGAAAGGAAGGAAGGAGGAACAUUCUAUUCUCACGUGUGGAUUUGAUUGAUGAUAUAUAAUUAUCAGAAAAUUCGUGAAAGAAUCAAAUGAAAGUUUUACAUAUUUCUAAAAAAUAACUAUCAAAUCAUAAGGAAAGAUAUAUUUUUGCUGAAAGAGAAGUAGUCAGUCUACAAUGUUUCAUCUAUUUGGCUUAUCUAAAAAGAGUCAAUUGAUUAAACCACAGCUGCAAAAAAAAGUGUACCGGCUAUGCAAUUUUCAUACAUGUUUAAAUGCUUAUGUCAACUCUACAUCAACUCAAUUCUCAACGCAAGAAAAUGCAAUAUAUUUCAAAGAGGGGGUUGUUAUACAAGGUUUUGCAGUUGAAGAGGUUUCAAAAAUUGAAGAGAUGCACCUGACAGCUAUAAGACUGAGACAUAUAACUACCAGAGCCAAAUACCUACAUUUAGACCGUGAUGACAGCAAUAAUGUAUUUUCAAUUGGCUUUCGAACAACACCCAUGGAUUCUACAGGAUUACCACACAUCCUUGAACACACCACACUGUGUGGCAGUGAGAAGUAUCCUUGCAGAGAUCCAUUUUUCAAGAUGCUGCGUAGAUCUCUAGCUACAUUCAUGAAUGCCAUGACAGGACCAGAUUACACGAUUUAUCCAUUUUCUACACAAAAUCUUAAGGAUUUCAAGAAUCUUCAAUCUGUCUAUUUGGACUCUGUAUUUAAACCAAAUUUAAGGGAACUUGAUUUUCACCAAGAAGGAUGGAGAUUAGAGCAUGCAGAUAUAAAUGAUAAGAAUUCUCGUAUAAUAUUUCAAGGAGUAGUCUUCAAUGAGAUGAAAGGUGCAUUUAGUGAGAAUCAAACUAUAUUUGCUGAAAAGUUGUUAAACUUAAUAUUACCAAGUCACACGUACAGUGUAAUUUCCGGUGGUGACCCGUUGGUUAUUCCUAAUUUAACUUACGAAGACCUACUGAAGUUCCAUGCAAAAUAUUAUCAUCCCUCAAAUUCACGUAUAUUUUCAUAUGGAAAUUUUCCACUAGAACAUCACUUAAGGUAUCUCAACGAAACUUAUCUUGCUUCUAUUGAUGAGAUAGAUAGCUCCAUGUCUGCUGUUCCUCCUGAGAACCGCUGGCAGCAUCCCAGAAAGGAACAUAUAACCUGUCGACCGGAUCCUAUGGCUGCUGAUUCUAACAGACAAAAUUCAAUUGCCAUUGCCCAUCUUUGUAAUGAUAUCACUGACAUUCAAGCCACGUUUGAACUUCAUGUAUUAUCUAAACUUUUAUUGAGCGGGCCUACUUCAGCAUUCUACAAAAGUUUGAUCGAAUCUAGCAUAAGUACAAGUUUUUCCCCCGUUACGGGCUAUGAUUCACAAUGCAGAGACACUAUGUUUGUCGUCGGUCUUCAAGGGGUAAAGAGUGAAGACUUUGAAAGAGUUGAAGAAGUAUUUAAAGAAACUGUUAAAAAAGUCAUUGUUGAAGGUUUCGAAAAGGAUCACGUAGAAGCUGUUUUACAUGGAAUAGAGUUAGAUGUGAAACACCAAAGCUCUAAUUUCGGCCUGAAUCUCUUGUUCAAUUUGACCCCUCUUUGGAAUCACAAUGGAAACAUUAUUCAAUCAAUGAGGAUCAAUGAAUCUGUGACAAAACUUAAAGAAUCUUUAAAACAAAAUCCUAGACAUUUUGAAAAUCUCGUUGAGAAAUACCUAGCAAGAAACUCCCACAGAUUAGUUCUAACAAUGUCACCAGAUGAGAGAACUGAGCAAAAGAUAGCUGCUGCUGAGAAUAAUAUACUUAAAAGAAAAUUAGAAGCUCUUUCUGAGGAUGAUCUGCAAAAAAUUUAUGAUGAUGGACAGAAACUUCUAGCUGAACAGCAGAAGAAGGAAGACGUUGACGUUUUGCCAACAUUAACAAUUCAAGAUAUCAAAAAAGACAUUGAAAGAUAUGAGAUCAAGGAUUUGAAGAUACACGAUGUGCCUCUACAAAUGUCUAUUCAACCUACCAACGGAGUAUGUUACUAUAGGGCCAUAGUAAAUACCCGGGAUAUCUCAUUAGAAUUAAAGGACUUAGUGCCGCUAUUCAAUUCGAUCGUUACCAAGAUGGGAACGAAGAAUUAUGAUUAUAGAAGUUUCGAUCGUAUAAUACACUUGAAGACUGGUGGGUUGAGUUUAUCUAAUCACGUGGCUGAGGACAAGAACAAUGUAUUAAGAUACGAAGAAGGAGUUUUUCUGCAUUCCUACAGUCUUGAUCGAAAUACCUGUGAUAUGUGGCAGCUUUGGAUAGAAUUAUUUAAUAAUGUUAGGCUGACCGAUUUGUCAAGAUUUGAAACACUUGUGAAAAUUACUGCAGCUGAUUUAGCAAAUGGUAUCGCAGACAGCGGACAUAUUUAUGCCAUGAGCAGUGCAGCAAGUUUAGUUUCCCCUGGAUCACGGCGUAAGGAAAGUUUGUCAGGUUUGCAAUUUGUUCAAAGGAUGAAGAAAAUUGCUCAGACUCAAAAUCUUAGCCCUAUUUUGGAACAAAUGCAACAGAUUGCUCAGCAUAUUUUGAACAAAACAUACUUAAGAUCAGCCAUUAACUUGUCUGCAGAUAAUGCAGAUAGUAUUCUUAAGAAUACUGAGAAAUUUUAUUUUGCAUUAAAAGGAACUCCAAAAAAUGUUGAUACCUUUGCCAAGCAACAGAAUUCACCAGAAAAUAAUGCUAUUCAUCAUGUUUUGCCAUUUCCAGUAAAUUAUACGUCCAAGGCUAUUCUCACUGUUCCUUAUACGCAUCCUGAUUUUGCACCGACUAGAGUACUUUCUCAACUGGUGACUUCUACUUAUUUACAUCCGGAAGUACGAGAGAAGGGUGGUGCCUAUGGAGGUGGAGCUAGGCUUUCUCCAAAUGGAAUAUUUUCUUUCUACUCAUACAGGGAUCCUAAUUCUAUAAGAACUUUUGACCUGUUUGACAAAACCUAUGAGUUCCUAAAGAAAUAUUCCUUUGUCCAGCAGGACAUUGAUGAGGCAAAACUUGGUGUUUUUCAACAAGUUGAUGCACCUGUACCUCCUGGAAGCAGAGGUAUAACAAAGUUUAUAAACCAGCUAUCUGAUGAUGAAAUUCAGAAACACAGAGAAGAUCUGAAAUCUGUAAACAAGGAACAGCUAAUGGAAGUGGCUGAAAAAUAUUUGAAUCCAGAUAAUAAAAACGUCACAGUUGGUCGCUCGCUGUUAGGUCCAGUUAAUACGGAUCUGUUAAAUAGAACCUCUGAGAAAUGGGUCAUCUUUGAACAGGAAGAAGAGGGUCAAGCACAAGCAGCGCACUAAAUAUUAUUGUGUAAAGAUACAAUUUUGAGAUAGAACAUAGUGUUAUCUCAUUUAUUAUUGUAUUAUGAUGUAAAUUAUUUGUUAUACAUAGAUGUCUUCAAUAAAUGCGUACAAAUUU